AUGAAAACUAACGGCAAAGAGAUGAAAGAGGUGCCGCAGAGUUCCAGGGAAGAUAAAUCCUGGCGACAUGCCGCAUCCGGAAGUGCCUUCCCGCCAGCGCUUCCGCCCAGGCAUCCUGCCACAGCUGCCGUUCGCGGCGCCGAUGAGCUCACGGCUCCACCCUCCCUUAUAAGAGACAAUGCCGAGGCAAAAAUUUUGCAGCACCCACUUAUCACGGCAGCGGACUACUGCGAUCGAAAGCAUCUUCUUUCACAUAUAUCUUUUUUGAGUGGACAACUGCAGCGGGCGGAGCUGUUGCUUCAAAACGCCUCUCGCGCGAAGGUGUCUGAUGAGGAAUUAGCUCGUUUUGACCCUCUUCUUGCCCAGGGACAUAUUGACCGUCUCGAGAGUUCCCUUGCGCAGGUUGCCUUGUUGCGUGAGGUGGAACUGGAGCGGAGCCGCGCACUGGAGGAGGAAGUUAAUAGACUACGUCUGGAACGAAUUUCUCUCAUAGAGCGUGUUGACGCAUUAGACGGUAGAAUGGCGACGCUGGAGGCAGAAAACAAGCAACUGACUAAUGCCCUGUCCUCCGCUCAGCUUGAGGUGGAGCGGCUGCGGUUGGAGGAGACAUCCCUUCACCGCCGGCUGACGGUGAUUGACCAGCUGCAGGAAGAUGGUCAUCGCUACCAGGGCCUCAAUGUUAUCGUUGCCCCACCGCGAGGGGCUAAUGGACGACAAGAGUGUACGAAUUCAAUGAAGGAACUGCAGAUGCAGGAAACAUUGCAGAGACUUUCACUCCUGGUGGACAUGUUGAUGGAGCCCAUUUGCAUUGCCUUUGAUGCGGGUGUGGUGUGGAUUACGGAAACGCAAUUACAUCGUGCUAGCCUGCAACUACAGAAUGUGACGGUGCCGGGUUACUCGAACGAUGCCUUUGGAUUACAAACAAGUGUGGAAGGGAAUUCCCCGCUUGGAGAUGUGGAUGAUGAUACAUUGACACCUGCCGCCAUGGGCGUGGAGUCUUUUAGUGAGGCGAAAUUACGCAAUGAGUUGAAGGCGGCAAGAGAAAGAUGCCGCGUGGCAGAACAGCAGAGGGAGCGGAUGAAAUGUUUACUUCAAGAGGAACAAAAACGCACGGAAGAUAUGGCAAAGGAGCAAUACCAGCAGCUCCAGCAGGUCCAUGAGCAGAUGGUGCAUGAGCGACAGCACAUUAUGGAGAGUCUCGUGGGGGAAGUGGAAGAAAAGAUGCGGAAUGCCUUCCGUGACGGCCGUCUUUACGAGAAAAGACUUCGAGAAGAGAAGUUGCAGAAGCGGAGAGUUUCUGCAGGCCAGUUCAAUGGCGCUGCUGGUUUUGCUCAACAGCGGCGGGAGGGUAAGUUGCCUCAUGGUGCAUCCAUGGGCUUGGAGGUGGAAAAGCAAUUCACUGCCGGUAGUCGCAGUAGCAGUGGCAGUACUGGCGGGAGAAGCAGCGGGCGGUAG